CCAGUACGCUCAGUAUCAACUAUGCUAUCGCUCAGUAUUGUCGCCGUGCUACAAGACAAGAGCUGCCCGAGGUCCUCCAGAUUUUAAUUCCGGUCGCAUGGUUGUGGACGUGUGCACUUUGGGAAGAGGCUGGAAGCGAUCAUCCAAGUCUGCAUACUGUCUGCUUUUGGCCGCUUGCAUCACGGCGUUCAGAACAGUUCUAGACAAGAUAUAUCCGUCUCAUGCGAUCUACAUCAGCACUGCGCGGCGAAUGGGCAACACCCGGCUUGGUUUCGCAGACCUAUCGCCCGCCGACCUGGUAUUGGUAACACGCAUAUCCCGGUCAAGGUCGGAGAAGCGUGGUCAUCAAUAUCCUCAGUCACCCAACACAUAGACCGGGAUUACCUGUCUCUCUCGGGCAUCGGCCAUUGAACUUUGGUAUAAAUGCUCGUAGCUUGAGAACACUCAGCUAUCAGCCCAACAAGCCUCCAAAUCCACUACAGAUGUCUGACCCAACUUUCAACGCGGAUACCACUGCCGAGGAGGUCGCGACAGCUUUCGCCGACGAGAUCAAGGGCAAGAAUGUGCUCAUCACUGGAACAUCUCUGAACGGGAUCGGCUUUGAGGCUGCGCGUGUCAUAGCCAAGUAUGCCCAUCUCGUCAUCAUCACCGGAUACAACCAGGAGCGAUUGCAGCUCACAGAGGCCGAGCUGGCGAAAGAUGGACCCAAGGCCGAAAUCCGAACUCUCGUCGUCGAUCUUUCGUCGCUCGAGGACGUGCGGAGAGCAGCCGCCGAGGUCAACGCGUACGCCGAGCCUAUCCACGUCCUGGUCAACAACGCCGCUGCCGCGAUCGGCGGAUUCAAGCUCACCGCGGACGGCUUCGAGAGCCAAGUCGGCACGGACCACAUCGGUCCGUUCCUCUUCACCGCCCUCAUCGCGCCAAAGAUCCUCGCCGCGCGCACGGCGACGUUCAUUCCGCGCGUGGUCUUCGUCUCGAGCACCGUGCACACUUACUUUCCGUUGGAUCUGGAGACGCUGGCCAAACCCGAUUCGGAGUCGUACGCCCCGAUAAACGCAUACGCCCAAGCCAAGGUGGCGAACGUGCUCACCGCGGCGGAGAUGUCGCGGCGGUCGAAGGGGCAGAUCAACGCGUACAGUCUCCACCCCGGAGUCAUCUUCACCAACAUCAAUCAGAAGAAGGAAGCGAUCGAAAUGGGGAAGGAGGUGGGCAUUCUCCAUCCCGACGGCACGCCCAACCACGAGGCUGCGCCGUGGAAGUCGAUUCCGGCGGGUGCUGCGACGACUGUGACUGCUGCGUUUGACCCGCGUCUGGAGAGCGUUCCGGGUGCAUAUCUCGAUGAUUGCGUUGUUGCGAACGAGAAGAUUGCGGCUCAUGCUGCGGAUCCGGUCGUUGCUGCAAAGCUUUGGGAGAUCACGGAAGAACUUGUCGGUGUUAAGUUCAACUUUUGAAGAUGUCAUACGUAUCUAGAUUGCAUUUUGCAAUGGUGUCACAAUCAGCAUGAACGAUGAAGUCUUCCUAUUAGUGAUUCGGUCAUCAAUUUCCCCCGAGAAACAGCAGUGCUUUCUUAAAAGAAUGACUAUCCGGAACAAACGACACGCAACAAGACGAGGCCGACAUUGUGUAGUUGUCGCACGAUCAUCUCAGUCGGAAGAGCUUGGGUCUCAGAAGAAGAUAC